GUGACACACCCCCGGCGGGGCGGGGCGGCGGCGCAGGCGAGCGGCGGCCCGGUGGGCGCGCGCCAGGCCGGCAGCCAUGGCGGCGGCGACGGAGCGGGGCCGCCUCAGCUUCCCGGGCGGCGCCGGGGCCCUGGGGCGGCCCGUGCCCAUGAACCUCUUCGCCACCUGGGAGAUCGACGGCUCCAGCCCCAGCUGCGUCCCCAGGUUGUGCAGCUUGACAUUAAAGAAACUGGUAGUCUUAAAGGAAUUGGAUAAGGAGCUUAUUUCUGUGGUCAUUGCUGUCAAAAUGCAGGGCUCCAAACGCAUCCUGAGGUCUCACGAGAUUGUAUUGCCCCCGAGUGGACACGUGGAGACAGAGCUUGCACUGACCUUCUCACUGCAGUACCCUCAUUUCCUGAAGAGAGAAGGCAACAAGCUUCAGAUCAUGCUGCAGCGGCGGAAGCGGUACAAGAACCGAACGAUUCUAGGCUACAAAACUCUGGCUGUGGGGUCUAUCAACAUGGCUGAGGUCAUGCAGCACCCAACAGAAGGUGGCCAGGUCCUGAGCCUUUUCAGCAACAUCAAAGAAGCUGCAGUGAAGGUAGCAGAAAUCUGGAUCUUCUCUUUGUCAAGUCAGCCAAUUGACCAUGAAGACAGCACUAUGCAGGCCAGCCAGAAAAUCAAGUCUACAGACAACUAUUCCGAGGAAGAGUACGAGAGCUUCUCUUCUGAGCAGGAGGCCAGUGAUGAUGCCGUACAGGGCCAGGAUUUGGAUGAUGAUGAGUACGAGCUGGGGAAGCCCAAGAAGCAGCGGAGAUCGAUAGUAAGAACGACGUCCAUAACCAGGCAACAAAACUUCAAACAGAAGGUUGUGGCAUUGCUGAAGAGGUUUAAAGUGUCUGAUGAGGUUCUGGAUUCAGAGCAGGACCCAGCAGAGCAUGUUCCGGAGGUGGAGGAGGACUUGGACCUUCUAUAUGACACUCUGGAUAUAGAAAACCCCAGCGACAGCGGGCCAGAAAUGGAGGACGAUGACAGUGUCUUGAGCACUCCAAAGCCAAAGUUAAAACCUUACUUUGAAGGACUGUCACACUCCAGCUCUCAGACAGAAAUUGGUAGCAUCCACAGUGUAAGGAGCCAGAGAGAGCCAUCAAGUCCUCAGGUAGAAGUGCCUGAAAAAACAAAGAGUCUUGGAACCAAACAUGCAGCCGACAGUAUUUCUGACACUGUCUGUUACGAGUCUAAUCAGCAAGCUGAGGUCCAGGAAGCUGAACUUCCCACACCAGAUGUGUUUGUCGAGAAGCUCCCGCCGAGUGGAAAGAUCACCAAGACGGAGUCCCUCAUUAUCCCAUCCACCAGCAGGUCUGAAGGAAAGCAGACCGGACGUCGGGGAAGAAGCACAUCUCUGAAGGAGAGGCAGCCAGUGAGGCCACAGAAUGAGAGGGCAAACAGUCUGGACAAUGAACGGUCUCCAGACACCCGUCACCACUUACAGAUCCCCAGGAAAACGGUAUAUGACCAGCUAAAUCACAUCUUGGUUUCUGAUGACCAGCUGCCAGAAAACAUUAUUCUUGUCAAUACAUCUGAUUGGCAAGGCCAGUACCUAUCGGAUGUCUUGCAAAAGCAUACCCUGCCAGUGGUCUGUACAUGCUCCUCGGCUGAUAUUCAGGCGGCUUUUAGCACUAUUGUCUCCAGGAUACAGAGAUACUGUAACUGCAAUUCCCAGCCUCCAAACCCAAUUAAAAUUGCAGUGGCCGGAGCCCAGAAUUACCUCAGUGCUGUAUUGAGGCUCUUUGUAGAGCAGCUGUCUCACAAAACCCCAGACUGGCUCGGCUACAUGAGAUUUUUGAUCAUCCCUCUAGGCUCUCAUCCAGUGGCCAAGUAUCUGGGGUCUGUAGAUUAUAGAUACAACAACUUCUUCCAAGAUCUAGCGUGGAGAGAUCUGUUCAACAAACUUGAAGCACACACCACUGUUCCAGAAGCGCCUGAUGUCGUCUCUAGAAUAACGCAGUAUAUAGCAGGGGCAAACUGUGCACAUCAGUUGCCCAUUGCUGAAGCGAUGUUGACGUACAAGCAGAAAAGCCCUGAUGAAGAAUCUUCGCAGAAGUUCAUUCCCUUUGUCGGGGUGGUGAAGGUUGGAAUAGUGGAACAAUCUUCUGCAACAUCAGGUGACUCUGAUGACGCAGCUCCCUCUAGCUCCAGUGUCCUUUCUUCUACCCCACCGUCUGUGUCGCCUGCUGUGAAAGAAGCCUCCCCCACACCACCUUCCUCACCAUCUGUCACAGGCAGCUUCUCGUCCUCAAGCCAGAGCGUUGGUGCUGAGCUGAUGGGCCUGCAGGUGGAUUACUGGAUUGCAGCUGCACCCAUGGACAGAAAAAGAGACCCGGAGAAGAAGGACCCCUCCACUACCAAAAACACACUGAAAUGCACUUUCCGGUCCCUCCAGGUCAGCAGGUUACCUGCCAGUGGCGAGAUCGCUACCACUCCAACAAUGUCCAUGACUGUCGUGACAAAAGAGAAGAACAAGAAAGUGAUGUUCUUGCCCAAGAAAACUAAAGACAAGGAGGUUGAGUCAAAAAGCCAGUGUAUUGAAGGAAUCAGCAGGUUGAUUUGCACAGCAAAACAUCAGCAGAACAUGCUGCGAGUCCUGAUCGAUGGGGUGGAGUGGAACGACGUCAAGUUCUUUCAGCUGGCAGCGCAGUGGUCCUCUCAUGUCAAGCACUUUCCCAUCUGCAUAUUUGGACACUCCAAAUCUAACUUCUAGCCGUGCUCGGCGGAGGGACCUUCUGUCCGUCCCGGAGACUGCACACCAGGAGCCAGGAAUUGCGUGCCAACUCUGACUUGCGUCGCUCUGCCCUCUCUCCUGCAGAAUUACUUACAGAUGUGCUUGGAUUACUUUUGAAUUACUUUUUUCUAUUAACUCUUAAGUUUACUACAAGGGAAGGAAACCCCUUUAAACAAAGGCAAAAAAACCCCAGUCUUAAAUAUAGAUGUGCUGACAACAUAAAGUCGUGGGGGAGUCGGCAGGAGCAGGCAACCUGCCCAAGAACACCUACCACUUAUGAGCAGAUAGCUGAAUAACUGCACUGCUUAUUAACCUGAGACCUCAUUGGUGUGUGUGGGCUGGGGGAGCCAUGGAUCAGCUUGAAUGGGUUUUGCAAAAGGUCAUGUGCAUUACAGUGUGUCUAGCCCCCUCCUUCUGUAUUCCUAGGAAAAAAAGAUGGCCAGUCUUUCUUCCUGCUGCCAAAGGACGAGAGAUCAGUGAGUCUGGAGGGAGUUCAGCUGUCUGGUUUGAAAAACAAACCAACUGUGUGGCUAGGGAGGUCAGGAGAGGAGGUGCCCCUUCAGUGCAAGGAGUCUGUCACGGAGACAGGCAGGUAUUUGUGCUGAGGUGAGGCCUGAGGAGGUUGGGCAGGAACAGAAAUUAGGAAACGCUAGAUGUAAGGAAACGCCAGUGUCCCAGGUCUGUGACAGUGACCAAACCGAGCCAGUCACAAUGUCCCUGCAGCUGGCUGUCCUGCUGAGGGACACCACGUCAGUGGGGUCGCUGCUAUUUACAUACUCGCACCGAUUAUUUACCUGUCAAUAAAACCUCAUCCAGCCUCUAAAGGGAAAGGAUUUUUUUAAUAGCUGCAGAUUUUUUUUAACACUUUCUUAAAAGAAAAAAAAUUUAAGUUGCCAAAAAAACAAACCCAGGAAGAUGAGCCGUUGUCUGUGAAAUGAUGCAUCACUGUAGCGGCUGGACUCGGAGCCAGCUAGGCGCCCUGCAUGUCCAGCUGCCUUCCCGUCCAUCUGUCAAACUGCACAUGUGAGAUAGCAUGGGCUGCUUUAUCUGCUCUGCCUUUGUCCUGCCCUGACCACAAUGUGUUCUAGAGAGCCUGCUGCUGUCUCCCUUGUGCACCUCCCCGGUUCGUGUGCAGUGACUUCAGGGCCACUGCAGAAGUGUAGUUUCCCCGUGCCCUCUUUACUCACCUAGGACGUGUCCUCACAGGGACAAAGACCUGUAAUAAAAAUAGAGGGUGCUAGGGGCACGUGGCCUGCUGCGGGCCUGGUCUGUAGAUGGAAUUGGUCCUUGCCUUCUCAUUUCCGAAUAUUCCUUCCCAUGGGCAUUUCUCCAUUGGUUGCAUCCUUUCCCCAGCAGCAUAUGCAUUUGCCUUGGGGGCUGAGGCUUUGCUGUGGUUUCAGUCCCAAGCUGCAGUGGAGGUGUAGCUUGGACAUGAGAGAGGAUGAAGCCAGCCGAGUUUUCUGUCCACCUCAGGCAGCAAGACAUCCCAGGAGCUGGAGGAGUGAGACUUCUGGGUGUCUUUCACCCAAGCUCAGAUUGGCUUGGUUCCAGCUGUACUUGUGUUCAUACUGCACACCUCACUGCUGCCAGGGACAUGACAGGGUGCCAGGACAAGGAGAUGGCCCUCAAAAGGAGUCAGCGUGACAGCCAGCAGCUCUAGGCAGCCUCUACGUGCUGCAGGGGUGGCUUUUUGUUUUUAAGGCUUCCCAAGGCAUUCCUGGGAGGGGCUGCUAACAGGUGGCGGAUGGGGUUUUGGGUGCAGAGCGUGUUUGCCAUGAGGAAAAGCAGAGAUCUCUGGCCUUUCAGGGUAAGGGACUCAAGUUUUAGAUGGGGUUCUUUUGGGCUCCCACCCUUAUGGGCAGGCCGGGCUCCACAAGCACUUCUCGAAGGCCCUUUCAGAGAGGCAGUGAUGCUUCUGAGCCUUUUCCAGCAUCUGCUGGUCAGUAAAUUUUUUUUUUUUUUUGUCUGAGCCUUACCCUUGAGUUUUUAAAGGUUGGAGAAUCUGCUUUGCCCUGGGUGGUGGGUCCUGCUCUGCAGAGGGAUCACCCGGCUGUUUCGGGCAGGGAGCUGGUGGUGUGCUCCGUUAGGUGGCCUCCUGCGAAAGAGAAGAGGGGUUAUUAGGCAAGAGGGUGGUCCCUGCUGGAUCCAGUGUCUGUUGCAGCUAACAACGUGGGCUGCUUUGCAGACUGAUUUCAUGAAAACCUUUCCAAGAACAAGUGCAGCUUACUUGGCUGGGAACUAGGUAUUCCCUUCAAACCACACACGGGAAGAUGGUGUGGUCCAGCACACAGGAACAUGCUGCUGGGCGGGCCCUGUUACUCUAAUUGCAAUAUUCCCUUUCUUCCCGCAGUCCCAGGGGCAGGUCUGCCUCCCGUCUGCUAGCACUUGGCUGUGGCAAAGGCUCGGCUCUAGUUUGAAUGUAGUCGUGUCCAUUGGUUCAAGCGUUUCAAGUUGACCUGAACUGAUGCUCCAGGAUUGUAUAGCGUUGCCUAGCAGCAGUAGCGUGGGAGACCGUGCAUAAGCACAUCACUUUUUUUUUUUUUUUUCCUGAGGCUCUUGCAUCAAAAAGCUUUUUAAAGGAAAUUAGUCAGUGUGUGAUUUUUUUCCUCAAGUCUCACGCUUGUGUGAGGAGAGUGAUUGGGCUCGGUUCCAGCAGCAGGAACCACACGUGGCCCGGGCGGCCCUGGGUGCCGGCGCGCGGUGUCGCUGCAGAGGUGGGGUGAACUGACCGACUGCAAUAACUUUGUUUACUGGGGGGUGGGAGGGUAGGGGGGAACCGUCACUGUGCUCCUCUUUGUAUUUCAACCUACUGUAGAGAAACAAACGGUAGCUAGUACAGGAUUUCCAGGAUCCUGCCCAUCAAAUAUAUGUUGCCCUGCUCUACUCUGUACGUAUGUAUGUGUGUGUGUAUGUGUGAGAGAGAAACACUCCCACUUGUUGCAUUUCAUGUUGGUUUAUGUUUUGCUCUAAUUUUAUACAAGUGAACUCACCGGGAAACUCUUUGCACCCCUGAGACCUGAGGGUUGCAUCUCUGUGGGGUUUCUCUCCUGUGGGAAGCUGCCUUUGCUCUGAAAUGAGGCACUCGCUCUUGCAAGGAGGUUUCCUGGCUUCUCAGCCUUGUGCUUGUGAGUCUGCCAGGGGCCGGCUGGGCCUGGCCUGGGGGCAGCUGUGUGCCUGGGGGUAGCUGUGGCGUUUCCCAGUCAUGGAGCCAAGGGUUGGCAUGCGAGUUUGGUGGUGCUGCUCUGAUCAGGGUGUGUUGUGCUGCUGUCAUUUCUCUUGUACCAUAUGGAGCUGUUUUCUGCAGCUGUUUCUUUCCCUGACUGGAGGAGAAACAGGUCUCUAAAGCAAGUGAAUGUCAAAGCGAGCUAGUGGUUCAGACAAUUUUGGGAAGGGGUUUUGCACCUGGUGAGCAGCUGAGCUCAGGGCUCCCACAAGGUGCCCUCCCACCUUCCCCAAGAGCUGCCGGCGGAGCCCGCUGCCAGCAAGCCCCGGCAGCUGGAGGGAUCCCGGCGGGGGCAGCGGGGCUCGGGGAGAGCUGCCAGGGCAGCGCUGGGUUCGAGCCAGUGGAGGUGUGCCAGCACGGCAGGGUUAGGUGAUUGCUUAUGAGCUGAUAAGUACAGAAAGAUGGCUUAAAGGAGGGACUAGUGCAGCUCCACAUUCAGCAGUUUUGGCACAGAAGGUGCAACUUGAACAAAGAAACGCAGAGACGUUAUCUUGCGGGCUUGUGUCACAUGGGGCCUGCUUUGAAAGCUCCCCUGUCUGUCCAGCUCUGGGGCUGUGCUCUCCGGCGAAGGCACGGCCCUGCCCUGCUCUUGAGUGCUGCUCUUCUGAUUGACCUUCUUCAGGGAGGUGCUUCGGAGGCAGUGUCAGCGGGAUUCCCUGUCCCUUCUGGGCUGCUGCUCUCUGCAGAGCCCCUCGCUGCUCUCCUGGCUGUGACUUCUCAAAGCAGCUCGUUUCUUUUGCAGUUACUCUUGGGAGAGGGGUCCCCACCUUGCUCAGAGGUGAGGUCUCAAGAAAGAGCUUGUUGCUGUGCUGGGCUGUGAGAUACUGAUCUAGUUUAACAGAGCUGGUGAGCAGACAAAAGAUGGAAGGGUUUGGUAUUGCACCUUGAACGCUUCCUGGUCCCCGGUUUGAUUUUUCCCGGAGUCAGAGGGUUGGCCUCUGCCCUGCCCGUGGUCCAUCGCCUGCCGGCUCUCCUUCCACUGCCCUGGCAACUGCACAGGGAACUCGGGAGCUUUUUUAGCUCAGUGCUGCAGUUGCCAUCCAGUUACACUGUCACCGUUUAUAUCUCAGUGGUAACUGCAGAAUCUCUCUUAAUUACCAAUGAGUUUGGGGAGAGCCGCUGUCUCCUUGGCUGCGUUUUGCCACUCUAAUUAGCAUGUGCUUGUCGCUUUAUCCUGCAGAGCUCAGAGGGCAGGAGUGGGUGGCUGGGAGGUUUGCCUGGGCUGGUGGAGAUGUGCCCAUUUGCUUGUAAUCAUCUGACUCUGCUGAGGACCAUGCUGACCUGCGUAUACACGGGAUGUCAGCAAAGGCACCGUUGUGCUUCCUAGCAGUAGUGGGAUUUCAGCCACAGCUUGCCCAAGACAGCUCUGCCCGGUCCCUUCUCACCAGUACCACGUGUUGGAAGGAGCGUUGGCUAGCUGGGGCUGAGGAUGUUGCACCUGAUACUGUAAUGUUUAAGAAGAAAAUCCAGGCAAGAUGAAGCAGGGCCUAUGGCCUUCUCCUGUCAUUUGAUGUGCCAAGGGUGCCUGUGUUUCGGGAGUGGAGCCUGGGGUUAAGACAGUCCUGCUGUGCAGCGGUAAAGGAGGUCCUGUUUGUUUUUUUCCUGAAGCUAGGCUGGAUGCACUGUCUCUGUCGCCUCGGUUCAGUGGGUCUCGAUCUCAGCAGAUAGCUGUGUGGUGACUCGUUUCAGUGUGGCAUUCCCUCUGGGCUUACUUGGCAGAGAGAAGGCCAGAAACACGCAGCAGCAUCUCCCAGAGGUUUCCUGGAGCCUCUUCAGCAAGGUUUUCCUAGAAGUUGUGGGAGAUGCUCCUGGCAGAGCCAGCUCUCGCGGGGCCCCUCGACUGCUUUGGGACAGGCUGAAGGAGAAGGGGACAUGCCACACUUGGAAAGCAGCAGGUCACUGGUUUCCUUAAGACCACUGGUAUCACGCUGCGUCCAGUCAGCUGCUGCUUUGCAACUUGGCCGUAGGGUUGCCGGAGCGUUGCCUGCCCAGUGGCAUUUGUGGCACAGCUGUGGGGAAGCGCCUCACUAGCCUGGGCGCAGCGUGUGCCGUGGUCGUGUGCUGUGAGCCUUGCCGGACCACGGCGUAUGAAGGGACGUUACCACUUUGUAGAUUCCUGAGUUGUCCAUCUGUUUCAUUGUUGUAUUGUUUGGGUUCUAGGUUUUUUUAUGAAGACAGAUUAAAUGUAAAUAGCCUUUUUUUGGAACAAACUGCAACGUGCUCGACCUCGUCAACUAUUUUAUGGUACUAAUGCAACACUAAUAAAACUGGACAUGAAAGCACA